AUGGCUAAACUGACCAAUCCCAGUAAGAUUAAGAAGAAGCAGCAAGAUGUGCUUGGUUUUUUGGAAGCCAACAAAAUAGGAUUUGAAGAAAAAGAUAUUGCAGCCAAUGAGGAGAAUCGGAAGUGGAUGAGAGAAAAUGUUCCUGAAAACAGUCGACCAGCUACAGGAUACCCUUUGCCACCUCAGAUUUUUAAUGAAAGCCAGUACCGUGGGGACUAUGAUGCCUUUUUUGAAGCCAGAGAAAAUAACGCAGUUUAUGCCUUCUUAGGAUUGACAGCACCUCCUGGUUCAAAG